AUGUCGUCCAACAAGAAAGUACUCACAAAUGUGGUAAGUUUUUCCUAUUCAGAUACAUAAUUUUUUUCUAACAAGAAAAUUUUUCAGCAAAAAGAAGCAUUGCACCACGCAGAUGAGCUCGAGAAGGAGGCAAAUCGUCGUAGAAGUGUUGAGGUUUGUUCAAUGAAUUUCAUGUGAUCCCAAAAAUCGUGUAUUUUUCCAGAAAAAAUCGACAAGCUCAUACGCGGAAGACCGCACACAGUCAUCCUCGUCAAGAUCCAACUCGAGAUCUCAUCACUCCAACUCGACGUCUGGAGGAGGAUCGAGCAGCAGCUCGAGCUCGAGAAGAGACAGAAGCUCUCGCAGAUAA